AUGGAUUCCAAGGAUCAAGAGAAAGAGGAAACUUCGUUUCGCAGAAAGAUACUUACAAUCGUCGAAACUCUCACCGAUAUCACAGAUGUUUCGGAUUUGCAAGAGCAUCUUCCACUUCUUCAUUGUGAUGGCUGGGAUGAGGUGAUCGAAGAGAGAUUCGUGAAUAAGCAAUGUGGAUUCCCAGCUUGUUCUCGCGAUCCGCCAAAGAAAACAAGAACUCAAAUGUUUCAAAUCGACAAAAAGGAGGGAAAGAUUUAUGAGUUUUGUAAACAAAGAAGCAAGUUUUGUUCGGAAAAAUGUUAUCAGAAGAAUCUUUUCGUUCGUAAACAACUCGAUGAGCAUCCGUUGUGGAUUACUGGAAUGAAUGAUGUGAGAAUGAACAAAAAAUAUGAAGUGCCAGAUGAAUCAUUUGUCAGUCCAGUUCCUGAAAAAUGCGAACCAGAAGAAGAUAAAGAGCCAUCGAUCGAGUUCGUCACCGACUCAAUCAUUGCAAAAGUUCAGAAUUUGAAGCUUAACGAAGAAUACGAAGAGCCAAAAGUGAUAGAUUCAGAUGAACCAGAAAAAGAACCAUACAAACUCACGGAAGACGAUAAAGACUUCAUCAAAUCAAUUCGUAAAUUCAAAACUGCAAAUUUCGGACCAUCCCCUGUUGCAAAACCUACGCAGAAAAUUGUGAAACCAAAGUUAUCGGAGAAAAACCAACAGAAAGAAAAUGAAAUUUUGGCGAAACUUCGGGAGAAAUAUGGAAACAAGAAUGCGAAACAGAAGAAACCGCCAAUCAUGAUUGAUGCUCCACAAUUUCAUCCGAAAGAGACUGCUGAACCGACGGAAACUAUCAGAACAACCACAGUUGAGGAGAAGUACAAAUGGCUGAUCGAUCUAAUCAAGUCGUGGUUCACUGAAGAAACUCGUAAACUUGCUCGUGAAGGACCUCGUUCAAGAGGUGGAGAUGUUGAACAGGUUCUGAUGGAUUUUCUGUCUGGAAAGAAAAUUGAUACAGAGAAAUUAGUUGAUUUGCCGAAUCUUGACAAGUAUAAUGUGAAAGAGAAACGAUUGAAUAUUUUCUUGCAUUCUGUCAGACAUCACUGGGCGGAUCUCGAAGCACGUCUUCAUUUGACACCAACUCGUCGUGAUCUUCUUAGUCGUGUCGCCACAACAUUCCAUUUGAAUGCAGAAAAUAUCACUGGAUGGAAUAAAAAGGAACUCAACAUUAUUGUCAUCGCGCUCUUCAUACUAGUUUGUUUUGUCGACGUGGAGCUCGGUGACGACUAUUUUAAGAAAGAGAAUCCAUCUCCCGAACUUUCCGCAGUGUCUACUGAUCUUUGUGGAAUUGACUCAUAUGAACUCACCGGUUUACACGAUGUCAUCAAGUCUCAAUGUGCUAAUGAUUAUUCGGUUUAUGCUUAG